AUGGAUGCAGACGUUCAGAAGCACAGAGUAUUUGCUGACAUAUGCAUCAAACGUUUCACAUCUCUCUGCAUCUCUAAAUGCCAUUCGCUUUUUUCUGUUUGUCUUUCUCAUCAUCUUUUUUUAGAAUCGUUCUCAUGCUUUUCUCUGAUAGUUUUGAAGUUCACUCAUUUUCCCAUCUUUAUUGCCCUUCAUUUCGUUAUUAUCACUUCUAUCUAUCUAUCUAUCUAUCUAUCUAUCUAUCUAUCUAUCUAUCUCAGUCUUUUUCUUUCUAUCUAUCUAUCUAUCUAUCUAUCUAUCUAUCUAUCUAUUACUGAUUGUAUCUAUCUCAACACGGUCACUAAUGCUGACUUGCAAUGCAAGUUUACGUUCAUCUAUCGUAGGUGUCUAUUAGUUUCAGUCUUCAAGUUGUUUUUGCUGAGCAAAAUAUCUAUCUAUCUAUCUAUCUAUCUAUCUAUCUAUAUAUAUAUAUGA